AUGAAGAAAUUGGAAACACAGAUUGAACAGUUAGCUGAGCAACUAUCCAGCAGAGAAGAUGGGAGAUUUCCUAGCAACACAGUUAUAAAUCCAAAAGAACAAUGCCAAGCUGUGAUGACUAGAAGUGGACCUAUUGUGGGUAGUCCAAAACUAGCUGAGAAGAGAGAGAAAACCAAGGAAGAAGAGAAGAUUAAAUCUGAACUAGAGGAAGGGAACUUCACACUAUUAAAAAGAGAAAAUUCAAAAAUUGAUACCUUCCCUAAAACUGUGAGAAGAACAAAGAGGCAAAUUUUAGAAGACUCAAACAAGCCUCUAGAUGAAGAAAAAUACAAGCAACUGCCUUAUCCACAAAGAGUUACUAAUCCUAAGCAAGAAAGGCAGUAUGAGAGAUUUCUAGACAGAAAGCUGCCUCAAAAAUUAAAAGAUCCAGGCUCAUUCAGCAUUCCAUGCUCUAUUGGAAGUUGUACAAUAGGAAAAGGUUUGUGUGAUCUUGGGGCAAGCAUCAACCUUAUGCCUCUUGCCAUAAUGAAAAGACUUGGAAUAGAGGAAGUCAAGCCAACAAGCAUCACUCUACAACUUGCAGACAGAUCGUUUACUUAUUCAUAUGGUAUUGUAGAGGAUUUAUUGGUAAAAAUUGACAAGUUUAUUUUCCCUGCAGAUUUUGUCAUUUUAGAUAUGGAGGUGGAUGCCGAUAUUCCUUUAAUAUUGGGCAGACCUUUCUUAGCUACAGGGAGAGCUUUGAUUGAUGUGCAAAAGGGGGAAUUAAUGCUUAGAGUGCAAGAUGAAAAGGUUACAUUUAAUGUUUUUGAAGCACUUAAACAUCCUAGUGAUGAUAGCACUUGUAUGAGAGUUGAUAUUUUAGAAUCUAUGUCAUUUCCUCAAUUAAUUGAUAAUGUUGACGAAUUUUCUAUGUUAAGGGAAAUUAUAGUUGCAGGGAAUUCACAAGCUGCUGUAAAAAGAGAAGAAAAAUUCAUGGAAUAUGUUCAGCAACUUGAAACACUGCCUAUUAUCCCUUUAUCCAAAAAUUCAGCAAGAGAGGAGCUGAAAAAGGAAGAGGAAAAGGAGAAAAUGGAGAAAGUUGAGCUGAAACAAUUACCAUCUCACUUGAGGUACUCUUUUCUGGAUCAAGGACAUCAAUAUCCAGUGAUUAUAAGCAAUAAUCUCAAGGGAGAUGAAGAAGAAAAGCUGCUGAGAAUUUUAAGGAAUCACAAAUCUGCAAUUGGAUGGCACAUCUCAGAUUUGAAAGGUAUUAACCCAUCCUUUUGUAGACAUGGAAUUCUGUUUGAGGACAACUACAAGCCAGUAAUAUAG